UCCGGCUUUUUUUCCUUUUAUGGGUCAGAACUCUUCAACCGUAUUAUUGCUUCCCGUAAACUAUAUGGAAGACGGCAAGGUAUCACUCGGAUCUGGAAUGGGAUGACACCUUACGUACUUAUAUCUCAGGCGCAAGCAGUCGAGAAGAUUCUCAGUAGUACGAAAAACAUUGAGAAGGGUCGUGACUACGAAUUUCUACAGCCCUGGCUCGGUACCGGUCUGCUGACAAGCCCCGCCAGUAAGUGGCAACAUCGUCGGAAGAUCCUAACUCCUACGUUUCACUUUCGCAUCCUGUCGGACUUUGUGGAGGUGUUCAACAAACAGUCGACGGUGUUGGUGGAGAAGCUAGCGCAGGAGGUAGACAACGUGGAGGGGUUCGACUGUGUGCGCUACAUCACACUCUGCUCGCUGGAUAUUAUAUGCGAAACUGCUAUGGGAUGUCCAGUGUACGCACAGCAACAAUCCAACUCUGAAUACGUUAGAGCUCACGAGAAAAUUGGACAGAUAAUGCUCAAUCGGCUGCAAAAGCUCUGGUUACAUCCGGACUUUAUCUUUCGCUGCACUCAGCAAUAUCAGGAACAGCAAAAGUGUCUGGACAUUUUGCACAAAUUCUCCUACCGCAUGAUCACGGAAAGGCGUUCCAUCAUUCAGGGUGGUCUCAAAGAAUCGGAUCUCCUGGUGGACGGGAACAAUAACAGUGAAGCGGUAGAAUCUCUUCAACUCUCCACGACGGGUCGUAAGCAACUCGCAUUUCUCGAUCUCCUCAUCGAGGCGUCCGAUGGUGGACGAGUACUUUCCGAUAUGGAUAUACGGGAGGAAGUGGAUACGUUCAUUCUCGGUGGACAUGAUACGACCGCUACCUGCAUUUCGUGGACAUUAUUCUUGCUCGGGACGGAACCUUCCGUACAGGAAAAGGUGCUGGAAGAGAUCGAACGUGUUAUGGGUGGUGAUAGUGAACGGUGGCCAACAAUGCGCGAGCUGCACGAGAUGCGUUAUCUGGAGGCGUGCAUUAAGGAGGGACUUCGGCUGUAUCCAAGCAUCCCGAUCAUUGGACGACGCUUGACGGAGGAUGUGCGACUUGCCGACCAUGUGCUACCGGCGGGCACGAACGCCGUCAUAGUCGUCUACCAGCUACACCGUGAUCCGGCCGUCUUUCCCAAUCCGGAACGCUUCAAUCCAGAACAUUUCCUGUCGGAUGCGGCGGACGCUAGCUCCCGGCAACCGCGUCAUCCCUUCGCUUACAUCCCAUUUAGUGCGGGACCACGCAAUUGCAUUGGGCAAAAGUUUGGUGCACUGGAGGCGAAGGCAGUGCUCGCGUCCGUCCUGCGACAGUAUCGUGUUGAAGCGGUCGAUCGCCGGGAGAAUCUUACGCUCUACGGUGAGCUAGUACUUCGCUCCAAGGGUGGAUUAAAAAUACGCAUCACAAAGCGUAAAUAAUUUUAUAGCAAGUGUUUUGCAGGAUGUGAUUUAAUUACUAGAGAUUUAUAGUUUAAGUGCAUUUAGUACAUUUUUUUUCACUAUUUUUAAUAGCGCAAAUGUAGGCAGUAGGAACGAGAAAACAUCAUCAGUAAAGCCUUUCCUAUGUAUGUCUGUAAAGACUUCUUAUUUGGCACUAUAAUCUCUAGAUCUUUUUUGACUUGUCUGUCAGAUCUAGACUUUGUUCCCCAAUUGCUUCUGAAAAAUAGAGUGGAAGAAUAAUUCAGAUCGACCAAGAGAACAUUUUCUCAAUCUCAAACAAUUAAUACAAAUUUAUAAAAUUAUGAAAAGAAAAUUUUUUCGUACACAAUAUACUCCUCAUAAUAAAAAAAAAUAGUGUCAACCAACAUAUGGUGAGAUCAACUCCAAAGGCAAUACCGUAUUUUUCUUCUUCAUUUUUUUAAAGAAUACAAAUUGAAAGAAGUUCAAUACAGUGGAGCACCGAUUAUUAGGGUACCUUUUAUCCGGCUGUCUCAUUAUCCGUGCAGCUUCUGAAAUGACAGCUUCAUAUGGAAUCCACCCAUGUCUUUUUUUAAUGCAUCAGCAUUUUCCAAGGAACAGUAUGUACACCGUGUAUAAGAGUAAUAGAUUUCUGGAAAAAAUGACUAUUGUUGAUACCAUAUUUUCAUUGGCUCAGACUUGAGAGGUUCCGGAUGUAACUCUACUUCGGUCUUAAAACUUCGGAAAUUGAAGAAUUGUAUAAACCAAGGAUCGGAAGGAUCUUCAAAAACUAUCAUGUUUGGAACAUAUAGGCGAGGAAAGCGCAUAGAAGUGGAUAAUUAAUAGAUUCUAAUUAUCCUGGAUACGAAUUCAAAAGCGACACAGGUAUUUUUAUAGAAACAACAUUCAAUAUGAACGAUGAAUCUAAUUCAGAAUCAGAAGAUGAGUGACUGAAAAACCCCUAUAGAAUUCAACUCUGCAAAAUCAUAUGCUGAUGAGUUGUUAGAAUUCAUGGACAGCAAGGACAGCUAGGAAAAAUAAGAGAAAAUAUUAAACUGUAUUAUAUAAACGCAAACAUUGUAAAUCUUUUAUCCGUGCUCUUCGAUUAUCCGGCCACCAUUAGGUACAACAUGCCCGGAUAAUCGGCGCUCCACUGUAUUAAAAGAAAAAUGUUUGACAUUUGCUAACGUCUGUUACCCUUUAAUUGUAAGUGUACUUGUUUAUCUUUUACAUUCAACUAUCAGAUCAAGUCCAGUGGUUGUCAAGCCAAAUUGCAUGAAACUUGUAUGUUUGGCCGUUUGGCUUAAAAAAAUGCAUAUCAAACUUUAUAAUCGGCGGAAAAAACAUUCUAGUACCAAACAGUUGGAGAAUGGGAUACCGCAAGGUGUUGUCCUUGCUCCAACUCUGUUUCUUAUAAGCAUAGAGUUCAUUUUAAAUAGAAGAAUUUCACAUAGAAUCCAUAAGGUCCAUUUUUUGUGGAGUCCAUUUUACGUAGAAGAAUUUUACAAAACGAAAUAAAUGGUUUACGUAAAUGGUCUACAUCAAGUGAAUAUGAUAUCGCCCCUGCAAAAUGUAAAAUAUUGCAUAUUUGUGAAAUUCGGCACAAUAAGACACCUACAUUAAUUAAAUUUAGAAACAUCACCAUCCCAAAUGUUCGUAAAGCAUCAAUCUUAGAUAUUAUCCUCGACUCUAGGUUGACUUUUUCAGCUCAUUGCGCUCACACAUUAAGUUGACUUAGAAAAAUUGUAUUAUUCUCUUUAAAAUAAUAGGAUGCGGCAAAUGGAAGCUUUCAUCAAAAGAGCUAAGGAUUCAUGGUUUGAUCUCACAAGUCUACAAAUCCUCCAGAUCACCAAAUAACCUCGAACUGGAAAUCGUCCCUAGAAUCACAACCAUCCUAUAGUCGACUGGUCGAUGAAACGGUGUCUUCAAGCUGAAGUGAAUUCUACUACAGCAAACCAAUUCUUCAAAGAAUUGAGAACGGAAAAGUACAAUCAACAUCAUCACAUCUAUACGGACGGAUCUGCCAUAGAAAACGUAAGAUAUAAAGACCUAUACGUUCAGAUUCUCGACGUCAAACAUAUCCUUCAGCUGGGUUCCAAGUCAUGUAGGAAUAAAAGGGAGACGUAUUGGCAAAAAUGGAUGAGACACUAUCUAACGAAGAUAAAAAUGAAAGAAAGAUACUAUCCUUUCUAAGGAAAAUAGGAAUUUACGAUCAAAUCUAAUGGAUAAUAUAUUUCGCACUGUAACUGAAUAUAACUGAAUUCGAUGUAUAUGUAACCUAAAAAAAUCGUAGAAUAAAGAGGUGAAGCCAGCCAUAAAAGGCUCAAACCUCUAUAAUUUCAAUAAAAAAAGAAAAAAAAAUAAAUAAAUAAAAUAAAAUAACAUAAAAUAAAAAAAAUAAAAAAAUAAUAUAAAAGAAAAUAAAAUAAAGUAAAACAAAAAAAAUAAAUAAAAAAUAAAAAUAAAUAAAUAAAAAAUCAAAUCAAAUAAAAAAAAAUCAAAAAAAUAACAUAAAAUAAAAAGAACAAACUUUACAACGCGAUUUCGAUCUACGCUGAAAAAAUACGUUAAUUUUUUGACACAAAAAAGAUAAAAUACAGACAAUUUUCCCACUGCCAAACAAUGGCCAAACAGUUUAUGAGAAUUUUCGGAAUCACUUACCGGUCACAAGAAGAGGAUAUUACAAAAAUUGAUAAAAGGAAGCAAAUGAAGUGACACGUUGACGAAGUGUCAACGCAAAAUGCCAAGAAGAUCUGACAAACGCUUGCGCAUCCUUCAUCGCACGCUAAGCUUUAAUGUUAAAGCAUUUUUACGCAUUUAAUAGAUAAUUAAACAUGCUUCUUACCUGCUUAUAGAACGCCGAUAGAGAAUAUCGAAUUGAGAAUGGAAGUUUGAUAGAGAAUGACCUUGUAGAAGCACGUGAAUUUUGCAUAUACACUGAUCACAAGCCACUGAUAAUCGCAUUUUAGAAAUAAUGAGCCAACACUACAGAACAACGCCGAUUCUAUUUCAUCAGCGAAUUCACUAAAGACAUUCAUCUUAUUUCUGGAUAGAAAAAAAAACAAAAUCGCAAAUAUGUUGCGCAGGAACGCAACUAACAUAGGAAGCGAUCGAUUACCAACACAAUUGCAAAAACUUGACCGCACUGAACGACACUAAAAACACUGCUUUACCUACACCCACACGCACAUACAUUGAGCAGGAUUGAGCGCGAUCAACACACAACACGAUCGACUACUAACACAAAAGCUUUUAACGCACCUUGCGACACUGAAACAUUUCUCUCUCUCUAAAGCAUGCACACACUAACACAUCAUUAGACACCGAAUGAAUGAACUAUGUCCGGUAAAAGGACGCCACUUUUUUGGGGACGCCGCCGCCAUUGCAAAUUUCAAACUUUUCAUACGCGUGCCGCACAGAAAAUGAAUUAUAAAACGAAAACUGCACAACAUAUUAUACAAUUAAGCACAAAAAUUGCAAGCAUUUCACACUCUUUAGCAUUUAAUAAAAAAAAAAACUAAAAUCAUUCACUACAAGCACACUACACACUAAGGCAUACAAGCGUACCAGAACAAAGGCUUUACCACGUGCUUUCACUCACUAAAUAGUUAACUAAAAGCUAAUGAAAUAAUUAUUGAUUAUUGAUACAUUCUGAUCAGGGCGGAUAAUUCGAGUUCGAAACGUUUCAAAAAGUAUCUUUAAAACACUAGCAAUAAAUCACUUCCGAACAAAAGCCUUACCACGCGCAAGCUAAUGAUUGAAUAGAAAGAGUACAUCGACCUUUAAAAACUGCAACCAUUGUGCCACAACCGUAAGCGUUGGAGAUUUAGGUGCGACCGCGACCGAGUUUAGAACAAGACUGCGUAAGCCGGGAGAAUUUGUUUCGUUAUCAGUAACACGCACUUACACACAAGAUUUGCAAUCUUCUGCAGCGAGAGAAAUUAACUAAUGAGCGAAGAUAAAUGCACACACUAACACAGCGCCGUUGCAAAAGCAUUACCGUACACUGAAAUCGCACGCAUCUAUCGUUACGUAUCGAUGCCCGAAGCGAUCGACACGAACACACACCUUCUUACGGCGGACCGCGCUUAGAAUAGCUUAAGAGCAAAGACUUUCUUCAUUAGUGUUAGAGGCCGUAUGUAUAGACGCAUUUAGAACCACUAAUCGC